UUUUGGGUCAGUGACAGUGUGUCAAUGGCCGCAGAUGCGUCGGAAAGGAAGGCUCUGAGAUACCAACAGACCCUGCUGUAUGGGGAAUACAGCGAGCACCCGGGUGGGUCUGGCCGCCGGAGAGAGGCCACCCGACUGCUAACAGAGAGACAAUGGAAGAAACACGACCACCAUCACCAUGGUCACCAUCCGCAGCAUCGCCAUGGCCACCAUCACCACAGCCACCACCAUGGCCACCCCCACAGUCACACACAUGGACACGGGCACCACAGCAGGCAUAGGGGUCGGCAUCACUCGGAUGAGGCAGGACAUGCACAUAUGGCUACAGAGCAAGGCAACCCUUUGUCUAUAAAGAAACGCCGCUCCUACUCAAAGUGCAGAGACUGUGUAGCGCGGGUACAGAGGUUCCUGGUCACCAAGCUGGGAGAGGACUGGAUCUUCCUGGUGCUGCUGGGCGUCUCAAUGGCGCUGGUCAGCUGGACCAUGGACUACACCAGCGCCAAGAGUCUACAAUUGUACAAGUGGAUUCACUGGGAGCUGAGGGGUAAUGUCCUGCUCCAGUACGUGGCCUGGGUCAGCUAUCCUAUGGUGCUCAUCAUGUUCGCCUCCUCCUUCUGCCACCUGGUUGCCCCACAAGCCAUCGGCUCUGGUAUUCCUGAGCUGAAGACCAUUCUCAGAGGCGUAGUGCUGAAGGAGUAUCUGACUCUCAAGGCUUUUAUUGCCAAGGUCAUUGGUCUGACUGCAGGUCUGGGCAGUGGGAUGCCAGUGGGGAAAGAGGGCCCAUUUGUUCACAUAGCCAGCAUCUGUGCUGCUGUGCUGAGCAAGUGCAUGAUGUUCUUCUCAGGAGUCCAUCAGAGCCCAUACUGCUACACAGACAUCCUCACAGUUGGCUGUGCAGUUGGGGUGGGCUGUUGUUUCGGUACCCCUCUUGGAGGGGUGCUGUUCAGCAUCGAGGUGACGUCCACUUACUUUGCUGUGAGGAACUACUGGAGAGGAUAUUUCGCCGCCACCUUCAGUGCCUUUAUAUUCCGAGUGCUCUCUGUGUUCAACAAAGACGCAGUCACCAUCACUGCUCUCUUCCGCACCAAGUUCCGCAUGGAUUUCCCCUUUGACCUCCAGGAGCUGCCAGCGUUUGCCAUCAUCGGGAUCUCCUGCGGGUUCCUGGGGGCCUUCUUUGUCUGGCUGAACCGCCAGGUGGUGCUGUUCAUGAGGAAACCCAAUGCCAUGACACGCUUCCUCACCAGACACCGACUGAUUUUCCCCGGUGUUGUGACCUUAGUGAUAGCCACCUUGACCUUUCCCCCUGGAUUUGGACAGUUCAUGGCUGGAGAGCUGAUGCCCAGAGAAUGCAUCAACUCACUGUUCGACAACUUCACCUGGACUAAAAUCUGGGGCUCCCCCCUUCCCCCCGGCCUGGGGCGCUCCUCUGCCUGGCUGCACCCCGACGUCAGCGUCUUCGUCAUCCUCCUCCUCUUCUUCGUCAUGAAGUUUUGGAUGUCUGCUGUUUCGACGACGAUGCCCAUCCCUUCUGGAGCCUUCAUGCCUGUCUUCAUACUCGGAGCCUCUUUCGGCCGACUAGUAGGGGAGAUCAUGGCUACCCUCUUCCCCCACGGGAUUCUGUUUGAUGGAAUCUUGUACCGCAUCAUCCCAGGAGGGUACGCUGUCAUUGGAGCUGCUGCACUGACCGGGGCGGUGACCCACACGGUGUCCACGGCGGUGAUCUGCUUCGAGCUGACGGGCCAGAUCUCCCACAUCUUGCCCAUGAUGGUGGCGGUGAUCCUGGCCAACAUGGUGGCCCAGGGCUUGCAGCCCUCGCUCUACGACUCAAUCAUCCAGAUCAAGAAACUGCCUUACCUCCCCGAGCUGGGCUUUGGACACAUCAGCCAGUAUAACAUCUUUGUGGAGGACAUCAUGGUUAGGAAGGUGAAGUUUCUCUCGUUACAGUCCACCUACAGGGAGUUGAUAUUUCUCCUGGACUCCAUUUCUCUCAAAACAAUACCACUAGUGGAUUCAACAGAUUCUAUGAUCUUAUUGGGCUCCAUCGACCGCUCAGAGCUCCACGCUCUCUGUGAUUGGUGGCUCUCUGCAGAGAGGCGGAUCUUCAGGCAGGAACAGUGUUUACAGGAACAGAACCAGUAUGCCAAAGACAGCUGGGAAUCCUUUGCCUUUGUGGAUGAAGACGACGAGGAGAGUGGAGAUAAGAGCACCCCAGUUCAGGAAGAACGAAAUGGCCCCCUGCCGUCCCCUAAACCGCAGGAGCCCUCGUCCAAUCACACAGCUCCUGACAUGGGUACUCUUCAGUCCGUUAGGAGGGCUCUAUGGAAUAUAUUCUCCUCCCAAGACAAACCGGCAGAGGGACAGUCACAGGAGCCUUGCGCCAACCCUCUCCUGUCCGAUACGAUGACACCAGAAGAGAUCAAAGAAUGGGAGGAGGCUGAGAUGGACAAGCCAAUGGAAAUUGAUCAGAUCCGAAUAGAUCCUUCCCCUUUUCAGCUGGUGGAGAGGACCUCGCUACACAAGACCCACACACUCUUCUCAUUACUGGGCCUGAGUCAUGCCUAUGUCACCAGUAUCGGAAAACUGGUGGGUGUUGUGGCACUUAAAGAGCUCCAGAAGGCCGUUGAGGCCUCUACGCAUAGCGGGGUCCGGCUACGCCCCCCCCUGGCCAGCUUCCGCAACAUCAGACGGAAGUCAUCCAAGCCCCAGACAACCUCAGCCCCCGCCUCCCCCACCGCCCCCUCCUCUCCUCUCUCCCCCGCUCCCGUCGUCCCCCACGCCCCUGCACCGCUACCGCCCCCGACACAGGAGGAGGAAGAGAUGGCGGUGUGGAUCGAGGGCACAAGGCGGGAGGUAGCGGAGGUGAACAGCAGUAGUAGUAGUGGUAGCAGCAGCAGCGGAACAGGGAGCAGCAGUAGCAACAGUAGCCCUUCGCUACCCCACUCGUUGCCCCUCUCCCUCCCGCUCACCUCACCCCUCUCCAUUCCCCUCACUGUCGCCCUCUCCGUCCCCCUUGCUGCCUUCUCCACCCCUCUCCCCGCCCUCCGGGCUGCCUCAGAGCAGCAAGUGGAGGAGGAGGAGGAGAGUAAUGAUGAGGAGCCCAUCUAG